AUGGAGAUGCCACCAGGCAAUCCAGCGGGAGAGGACACCUCUCAAACGAAACAACAAUGGAAAAAGAAUUCCCAGGAGAAUCUUGAUUCAACAAUUCGGAUUAGGUAUCUACCCAAAGACCCUCCUACUGAAAUUCUUGAGCUGGGCGGAAGCUCGGAUCCUAUCAGUCAAAUUCUAGAGAAUUCUCAAGCAACUAAAAAACUGACCACUGAACUCGAAGGAGACUCUGAUAAGUCUCAUAGAUCAUCCAGUGAGCUGCCAGAGCCUCUUCGUGUUUCUAAUCUCUGGUACUGUCCUGAUGGGAGCUUUGUCAAGAAGAUAGUAACCCGUGGCCAAGGCUUGGAUAAACCAAAGCUGGGCUCUCACUGUCGGGGUCGGGACUCCUGGGAGCUGGAGGCCAGCGAGAAGGAGGCUCUGGCCAGGGAUGAACGUCUUCAGGGUACAGAGUUAUUUCGAGCUGGGAACCCUGAAGGGGCUGCUCGAUGCUAUGGACGGGCUCUUCGGCUGCUGCUGACUUUACCUCCGCCUGGCCCACCUGAACGAACUGCCUUGCAUGCCAAUCUGGCUGCCUGCCAACUGCUGUUAGGGCAGCCUGGGUUGGCGGCCCAGAGCUGUGACAGGGCACUGGAACGAGAACCUGGCCAUUUGAAGGCCUUGUACCGAAGGGGAGUUGCCCAAGCUGCCCUUGGGAACCUGGAAAAGGCAACAGAUGAUCUCAAGAAGGUGCUGGUUGCAGACCCAAAGAACAGGGCAGCUCAAGAGGAGCUGGGAAAAGUGGUCAUUCAGGGGAAGAAACAAGAUGCUGAGUUGGCUCAGGGUCUACGUAAGAUGUUUGCUGAUUAA